AUGGAAUCGUAUGAUCACAAGUUUGAAGUGCUUUCCAGAAGAAGUUCAUCUAUUUUGCCCCGACUACACGCCCCGCGAACAAAGAUGAACGAAUCGACCGACAUGGUCAAACAAGCGACGACGAAGAUCGAGCCGAAUGAUAGGCUCACUCCCACCUAUGAUACGUUCAAAAAAGAAGCUUGGCAAGGAGCCACGCAACUGAACGGUGGCCAGAUGAUUACCCUCUCACCUCCAGCUGGUGAUCCUGCUGGAACUCAACCAGAACCUACCCAGUCUUCUUCCAGUGCCGGCUCCGAUCUUGCAGCCGGUGAUGCAGAAGGGGUGUGGAGCGUGGAUAUCGACCAGGCAUUCCAAGAAGCCCUAGCAAUUUACCCGCCAUGUGGACGGCGGAAAAUUAUAAUCAGUGAUGAGGGAAAGAUGUAUGGCCGGAAUGAACUUAUCGCUCGAUAUAUCAAACUACGAUGUGGAAAGACGAGGACACGAAAGCAAGUCUCAUCGCAUAUUCAAGUGUUGGCACGAAAAAAACUGCGGGAUGAGCAAGCGAAGAAAAAGGCUGAAUGUCCUACACAAUCACCUGCACCAGCUGCUGCAGCUCCACCAAGGGUUCCACAAACGGCACAAUUCCCUACGCUGCCAAACCUGCCCCAGGCACCACAUCUCACCGAUGCGAAAGAACAUCUAGCUCAACAACUGUUGGGCAAAGCGUCAUUGCUUCCCGCCACGAUGUAUCAGACGUUAUGGUCUCAACCUUUCCCAUCUGCCCAUUUUCCGCCGGAUGUGAAGCCAUUUGCCAUGGCACCAGACUUCACAUUGCCGUUUGCUGCUGCGGCCGUAGUGCCACCCGCCACAUUGAAAAAGACGGACGGCAUCGCUUCCUCCAAGUUGCGGUUGACUGGAUUCCAAGCAUACUUGGAAUCGCCUCAUGGAUCCCGUGUAGAUAUAGUCAGCAUACCACGAGACGUCGUCGAAACCGAGACCCUCAAGCUUGACACAGUCGUUGAAAAAUACCCGAAGCUGCUGACCGAACUGUUUGAACGGGGUCCGUCCGACGCAUUCUUCUUGGCCAAAUGUUGGGCUAACGUAUCCUUCGAUUCUUCGGAUACAGAGAACAGUCUAUAUGCGGUGGAUUCAUACUACACCUCCCAACAAAAAUUUGACAUCAGUGUCUCUACAAAAGUGUGUUCAUUUGGCAAUCAGGUCGUCGAGAAAGUAGAGGUUUACUCACCGGAUGAAGAAAGCGGGCAUUACUCCUUCCGACUAGAGAAAUCUCCCAUUUGUGAGUACAUGGUGAAGUUCAUCUCAGAAUUGAAAAAACUGGAAUCAAGAGAUUACAUGAAUAAUGUGCUAGAGAACUUCACUGUUCUGCAGGUGGUAACGAACCAAGAUACUGGUGAGACGCUGAUGGUGAUCGGUUUCGUCUUUGAAGUGAAUGACUUGCCAGAGGCGAACUGCUCGAUCUUCCGACUAGUUGCGUAAACGAUCGAUUAUCGAUUUUUUCGGCCCUCCAGUCGGAUACUGUAUAUUUCCCGCCUAGAACUGUAAAUUAUCGAUUUUUCUGCACACACGCAUGUAUUCCUAGGGAUUCACACACGUACUCAAGCAAUGCCAAAUACGAUUCAGACCAACACUCAGAACCAUUCCAUUUGUCCUCUCGUCAAUCAAUAUCUACUCAUUUCAUAUGGUGGUGCAUAUGUGAUUGUUUGUAUUUAUUCGAAGAUCAGUUCAGCAAGGUGGGGCUAGUCACAUCUCAUUAUGUGCGCCCCUAUUCUCUGCCCAAGCUCAUCGCUGUUUAUCUCUACAUCUGCACAUUUGAUCUACCGGUUGUUCAUGCGCUCGAGCGCACGCGUGUGUGUCGACCGUAAUUGCGGCCACAUCAGAGCACCCAUUCUUCACUUUGUUCAAACGCACCGCAACAGGAAUUUGAUAUUCAGUUAUGAUUUAGUGUGGUCGAUUUGUUAUGUUCGUAGGUUUUUAAGAGAAUUCACAACGUUUCGGUCAUCUUGUCACAAUGUUUUGCGUCAUUUUACGAGUUCAUCUGUUGUCUGUAGUUUCUUUUCGUAGAUCGAAAACGUCAUGGUGUGAGGAUGAGAUUUGUGCAAAUACUUCUUAGUCGGUUACUGUGUUGUCUCUAUUUUUUAUGAACUUUUUUACUUGAUCUGUUGAGUGC